AUGAUUCCAAUUUUCUUCCUGGCCACUCUUUGCUUGGAGGUGGUCUCAGCUGCUCCAACACACAAUCCCAGUUUCGAUGCUGUAUGGCAGGAAUGGAAGACAAAACAUGGGAAAACAUACCAUAUGAGUGAAGAAGGACAGAAGAGAGCAGUGUGGGAGAACAACAUGAAAAUGAUUGAGCUGCACAAUCAGGACUAUCUUCAGGGGAAGCAUGGCUUCAGCCUGGAGAUGAAUGCCUUUGGGGAUCUGACCAAUAUAGAAUUCAGAGAAUUGAUGACUGGCUUUCAAAGCAUGGGACCCAAGGAGCAGAACCUUUUCCAGGAGCCUUUGCUGGGAGAUGUCCCAAAGUCUGUGGAUUGGAGAGAUCAUGGCUAUGUGGCUCCUGUGAAGAAUCAGGGUCCUUGUGGCUCUUGUUGGGCAUUUAGUGCAGUUGGUUCCCUGGUAGGACAGAUGUUCCGUAAAACAGGCAAACUGGUCCCUCUGAGUGAACAGAACCUAGUGGACUGCUCCUGGUCACAAGGGAACCAUGGUUGUGAUGGUGGCUUACCAGAGUUUGCCUUCCAGUAUGUGAAGGAUAAUGGAGGCUUGGACACCAGUAUGUCCUAUCCAUAUGAAGCACUGAAUGGAACCUGCAGGUACAAUCCUGAAAAUUCUGCUGCUAACGUCAAGGGGUUUGUGACACUCCCAUCAAGUGAAGCUACCCUAAUGAAGGCUGUGGCCUCUGUGGGGCCCAUCUCAGUUGGAAUUGACACUAAGCACAAUUCGUUCCAGUUCUAUCGGGCUGGCGUGUAUUAUGAGCCAGAGUGUAGCAGCACUCGUCUGGAUCACGCUGUCCUGGUGGUUGGCUAUGGUGAAGAAUUAGAUGGCAGGAAAUACUGGCUGGUCAAGAACAGCUGGGGUAAAUAUUGGGGCCUGAAUGGCUACAUAAAGAUGGCCAAAGACCGGAACAACCACUGUGGAAUUGCUACCGAAGCUUCUUACCCUAUCGUGUGA